UAGAGGAAAGGGAAAGAGAUGGCAGCAGCAGCAGUCGACGGAAUCUUGCCGCAGAGGAAAGGUGCAAACCUGACAAACUCAAUUGACAAACAUGACAAACUCAACGGCAUCGAUUCUGGCAAUUUGACCUCCUCCGACCCUGAAGAAGUGGUAGCAAUUGUGCCAAAUGGCAUCACACCAGGCCGCAAAGGUCCAGAGGUGCUAAUAUUGCCAGCAAGCGAUGCAGAGACACCAGGAAACACCCUUCACUCGUCAUAUCCAGCCUCCAACCUCGAGCUUCCUGAUCACCACAUUGACGAGGUCCGGAGCUUGAGAGUUACCGUCAUUGGAGCUGGUCUGUCAGGAAUUCUCGCAGGGAUACUGCUGCCCGCCAAGGUCCCAAAGAUCCAGCUGACGAUACUCGAGAAGAAUACUGACGUGGGCGGAACCUGGCUGGAGAAUGUCUACCCCGGAGUGAGAUGCGAUAUCCCAGCUCACGUUUACCAAGCGACGUUCAGCCCGAACACGCAAUGGUCUCAACAAUUCGCCGAGGGUCAUGAGAUCCGAGAUUACUGGCAAGGACAGGCACGAAAAUACGACGUGUACAAGUAUGUCAAGUUUGGCAGAAAAGUCAACGACGUCACCUGGGAUGAGGGUACCGCCGAAUGGACCAUUACAGGGACAGACCUUGGCAAAGACCAACCUUUUGAAGACAAAGCAGACUUUGUACUCACAGCCAUCGGACGCUUCAACGACUGGAGAUUACCCAACUACCCUGGAAUCAACGAGUAUCAAGGGCAUCUCCGACAUGCUUCAAACUGGGACAAGAACUUCGAUCCCACUGGAAAAAGUUUGGCGGUCAUCGGUAAUGGCGCCAGUGGAAUCCAACUUGUCCCGAACCUUCAACGAGUUGCGAAGCACAUCGACCAUUACGCCCGUAACAAGACUUGGAUCGCCGCGUCCUGGGCAGGUGACGAACGGACGUUCGAACCGCAAUGGUAUCCAGAGGAGAAGAAGAAAGAACUAGAGAAUCCAGACGAGUACCUCAAGUUUCGAAAGGAGAUUGAAUCGAAGUACUGGCGGCGCUUCGCAUCGACGUUCCGUGGAGCACCCGAGAAUGAAGCCAUGCGAGAACGCUUCAUCCAGAUCAUGACCGAGCGAGUCUCCCGCAAGCCCGAGCUAAUCAAAAGCUUGGUGCCAGACUUCAAUCCCAACUGUCGGAGGCUAACUCCUGGUCCUGGAUACUUGGAAGCCAUCACGGCGGACAAUGUCAAUUUCAUUCAGGAUCGGAUCCGCCGCUUUACCAAGACCGGCAUCGAGACAGUCACGGGCGAGCACCGCGAAGUGGACGCCAUCUUCUGUGCUACCGGUGCAGCCAUCGACUUCAUCACACCCUUCAGCAUCCAUGCCCACGGCAGGAACCUCCAAGACAUUUGGCGACCACGCCCGGCCAAAGAGCUCGCCAACAACCCCGACUACCACGGCUGGCCGUACACCUACCUGGGUCUGGCAGUGCCAAACUUUCCGAAUUUACUGCUCAUCCACGGCCCGCAUGGCGCUGGACCGUCCGGCACAGUUCCGCACAGCUGCGAGGUGCAAUUGACGUACUACGCCAAACUCCUGCGCAAAGUAUCUUCACAGGGCAUCAAGUCCAUGUCUCCAUCCAAAAAGGCUACCGAUGACUUUGUCGCCUACGCCGAUGCAUUCUUCCCCAAAACGGUGCUUACCGACAACUGCAGCUCCUGGGCUAAUGGCGGCCAACCGGGCCAGCGCAUUCACGGUAUCUGGCCUGGCAGUGCAGGGCAGGUGACGCUGGUCAGGAAGGAACCGCGCUGGGAAGACUGGGAGUACGAGUACUGGCACGACAGUGGAAAUCGGUUUGUAGGAUGGUUAGGCAACGGGUGGACCAAGAAGGAACGGGAGGAGGAUUCGGACAUCACGCCCUACCUGCGGAGAGAAGGCGAGGUCGAUCUCAAGAGUUUACACGAAGAGUGGUGGAGUUGGCCGUGAGGUGUCUAAGACAUGCUCGGUAUAGGUCUUCUUGGAUCAGUGAUAGAUUUCGUGGCCGCAAUAAUGGUAUCCAAUACUCCAUAUGAAUG